AAGACUUAUUUCCGUAUGCCCGACUUCGAUCACCCGCCCGACGGACUGGUGCAGUUGGGUCAGAUCAUCACUUCACCGAGAAAUCCCUAUCAACGUCUCGCCCCGCCGCUGCCUAUCGAGGUCCGAAGUGUUCAGACAAACAAGAAGACAAAUUACCACGAAGUGGUCGCCCGAGCACAGAAAGGCGAAAUUGGACUAUGGGUCUCGUUUCUGGCCUCGAUUGUUGGUGCUGGAGGCGAUGUUGCUGCGAAAUGGGCCAGGGACAACACUGACUUGUUGGAAUUUCGAGAACUGGAAGCCAGCUUCUUCGAGCCCGAUAACGAGUACCUCCAGAAAAGCGUCGAAAAUUCUCAAAAGAUUAGGGACCAUAUCAAUAAAACCCCAGGAAAGUCUUUGUACAUGGUCACGGGAGUUAAGAUAGCUCACGGUGCGAGGAGCAUUAUUCAAGUUAGAAAUGCUGUGGGCGUGGAUGUGAAGCUGGGUGUUGAUGCUACGCCUUUCACGGGCGUUCCAGUCCAGGGAGGUCCAAGUUUCAAGAUCCAGGAUGCGCACGGCGAGAGGUUCCAAUUUGAAGGGUCCUCCGAUUUUGUCUUUGCAUAUCGACUUUUGAGAAUCAUCCCUAAGCCCAAGGGAGUCUUCAAGAUCAAAAGACACGAGAAAGGUGCU